CGUGCUAAAAAAGAGAUUAAAUGAACAAACAAAAUCAAAGGCAACAAAUAAGAAUGAAAGGCACUGGUACGAUUUUCUUCAUUUCAUUCAUACUCAUGGCAAAUCUUCAAAAUAGCGAAAGUAAAAGAUUGUCCAUUGAGGAGACGAAGGAAGCUCUACUACCACUAAGAAAGCUUUGCAUUGAUAAAGUGGGCACGGAUCCAAAAAUGAUCGACGACGCAAACAAAGGUAUUUUCGUACCGGAUUGGAGAUUACAAUGUUACUAUAAGUGUUUACUGCUAAAUACAAAAAUCAUGAAAAAUGACAAAAUAGUUGAAAAAGCUAUAAAAAAUAUUGUAGAAUCCAUGCUAGCGGAAGAAAGCGUACCAAAUGUUAUGAAAGCGAUGGAAAAUUGUUUACCAACUAUACAAAAAUUUAAAGGGUGUGAAUUAGCAUACGAAUUAAUUAAGUGCAGCCACAAAUAUGGUUCUUCGGUAAGAUAG